AUGUUCCCUCUGUGCUCACUGCUGCUGGCCUUGGCCCUGGCGGCCGUCCCCGGCGUCCGUGGCGCCUGCCCGGAACCCUCCGACCUCAAGAAGGCCAACGGGACGCGCACGUGCGCCAAGGUCUACGACAAGAGCGACCCCUACUAUAGUGGCUGCUGCAGCGGCGCCGAGCUGUCGUUGAAGCCGGGCACCGACCUGCCCUACCUGCCCUCUGGCUGGACGAACGUCAUCUCGUCCCUCGUGGUGGCCCCUCGCUGCGAGCUCACCGUGUGGUCCUCUCGCGGCAAGGCCGGCAAGACGCACAAAUUCUCGUCCGGCAGCUACCCGCGCCUGGAAGAGUACCGCCGCGGCAUCUUCGGGGACUGGUCCAACUGCAUCUCCUCGCUCUACUGCAGGUGCCCGCCCGCCGGCCCGUGCCCCUAG